UUUAUGUUUUUCCUCAACGUGGUAAAAUCAUUUUUCUGGUCAUUUAAUUGUUUUAAUUUAGUUUUCAUUUUUUUUCUUUAAUGGUUUUGAUUUAAUUGUGACAUUUUCUAAUUAACGUAACAAUGGAGAAUGGUCAUUCGAAAAAGUCAUUAACUGUUACCAUUGAAUAUAAACCGAAUGAGAAUCCUGUUUAUAUAACUGAUUGGUCUUCAAAUGGUAUACCAAUUAAGGAAAAUAAAUUAGAGAUUUCAAUUGAUCCUGAAGCCGGUGGUACAUAUAGAUUAGAUUGUCGUGAUCAAUUAACUGAUAUCAAAUAUGUGGGUCAACAAUUUAUUCCUAAAUAUGAGAAAUACAUGGUUCUUGUGGUGGAAGAUGAUAAGGCAACUCUUAAACCGUGUAACUAUUUUCGUAUGAAACCAAAAUUAGAAUUACCCGAUCGAACUUCUGGAAAAAUAGCAUCACUCUCAUAUUCUGAACAAAUGGAUGAAAUAAACGAGAAAUUUGGUUCAAAAAAAUCGAUCCGCCGUAUCGAUGAAAGGAAAAAGAAUGCCAUAGCUUAUGGUACUGAAGAAUAUCAAGAUAUGAAAGAAAAAGCUAAAGAAUUGACUCCACAUUCGAGUUCAACCAAUGUUACCGAUGGAACGGAUAAAAAAAGCGAUAGUACCAAUUACGAAGAUCCUUUUCUUAUGCCUCCUCGAAAUGGUUCCGCUACCAGUGUGGAUAAAGUUUAUAAUCUAAAUGAUAUUAUGCCCCAAAGUUUAAUCGAAAGUAUGAAACUUUUCUACGAUUUUAACGAUAUAAAGCCGUUCAUUGAAUCUCCAUUGGUUCAACAUUUUGCCACAAAAGCAAAGGAAGACACGGAAAAGGGCAGUUGCCUCUUCUUGGAUUCGUUAAUCAAAUUUAAGCGACUCAAACCAACCGAAAUUGGUAAAGUUGAAAACAAUGGUAUCGAUGGUGUUAAAUGUAACAAUCUUGUCUCAACGAUUGUCCAAAAUUAUUCAAUCUCAACAAUACGACUUGGUAAACCGAGACGAACCCUUGACGAAAAGUGUAAAGACAAGAUUAUCCUUCAUAGUAUCAUUUUAAGUGUAAUGUUAAACAAUUAUCGACCUCUACUAAUUAGUGCAUUGGCUCAAGCAUUUCAAACGUCAGUAAUUAAGAUUAAAAAGUUUGGUAACAUUGUUGGUUGUCAUGUAGAAAUGAAUUCAACCAAAACUGAGCGACUUUUAGUUCUUAGGAUUCCCUUAUAUUCAAUGGAAAAUGAACUUAAAUUUAAACGACGAAAAGUCCGAUAAACAAUAAUAACAAUUAAUUCUGUAAUUUAUAUAAUCAAAGUGUAAACAAAUUUCCAUCUCCAAAGUAAAACUAUUAAUUAUAAUCGAAAGGGGCAAGUUCGAUUGUCCAUUUUUCGAUUCUUUGAUUUUUCAGAUUAAAAAAAAGGGGAAAAAACAA